CAUUACAUUUUCGCAAAUGUUUUAUCAAAGUACAUUGUCUUGAUCAGAGACAGGAAAAACACCUGCUGACGCACUGUGUGAAUUGAAAUACAAAUUCAGUAACAUUUCGAAAAUGAAAGCGACUACUUCGUAGUGUGGAUAAUGUCAUACAUUUUUCUAAAGCCUGCCCUUAUUAGCAGAAACGAGGAUCUGAAUAAUAUAAACCUUAAAAAAGUUAAGUUUUGUGUAAAAUAAGACGAGUUGUUGUGUAAGACCUUUCAAACAUGCAACUCGCAUUAUUUUAAAUUUUAAAUCGGAUACCACCAAAGCGUUACCGAAAUCCGUGUAGCCGUUCCACUAAUUUAAGAUUUGGAGUGAUUGAAACGUUGGACUUUAUGGACGAGACACGAAAAUUGCAAUUGUUGAUCAUCAUAAUGUACAAAUUACGAAGUCGAAGAAACUUUUGGCGUUAAACAAGAUAUGAAAAAGUUGUAUAGUGUGAUAAUUUGCAGUGAUAAUAAUUAUAUUGUGCACGUCAGGUCUUCACAGCAUUUUGAAAAUCAAGGUGAAUGCAAGAAGUUCGUACAUCACAACUAACUUUAGGAUCCUCUUGUACCCAACAUGCGUACUUUUAUUGCAAAUAAUAUUACCGAUAUUGCAAAUAAAGGGUUCGUGUCAUUGAAGAAAAAUAUACAAUGACGAAACUUGUGCGUUAUAAAUAAUAAAUGUUUCAUAUUUAAAUCUAAUUCAAAUAGUGACGUGUAAAUAGUGAUCAGGGUCAUGGGAAUUAGAACCAAUAAUUCAAGAAGUUGGACUAUCCGUCACAGUCAUGCCCCACCGGAAAAUGUACCACCAUCGAGGACAUCCAGCUGGGAGAAAUUUCGAUUACUGUUAUGGAAAAACUAUAAAAUUCAAAUACGACACAACGUGCAAACAGUGACAGAGAUUCUACUGCCCUUACUUUUUACAGCAGUCUUGCUUAUCGUCCGCAAUGUUGUGCCGUCCACGUUUGUCAAAGAACCCACAAUUUACAAACCUAUUACGAUAGAAGGGCAUCCUCCUGAUAUAGUGCAGACUAGUUGUGAUCAAAUUUACUACACUCCCCGGCAUCCUGUGGUGGAUGCAUUAAUGCAAAAAGUUAACAAUCAGUAUUUUCUCUCCCAGAGACUUGCUUAUAAUUUCACUGGAUUUGCAACAGAGGAAGAAUUAGUCCACGCGUACAUUCAAUCUGCAAACAAUUCACUCGUAAAUUCAACUUCAGACUUUGAACCCACAGCUCCAGUACUUGCAGGAGUAAUUUUUACAAAUAAAUUUAACGAUGGCUCAUUUCCCAACGACAUUAAGUACACGCUACGAUUUCCAGCGACUCAAAGAAGUGAAUUUGACUUGAUAAGCGAGAGAUUUGGUGCUCAACCUGUGUGGUACACGGAAUUACUUUAUCCACUCUUCCAAUUCCUUGGGCCACGAGCGAAAAACCAAAUCGGUGGUGGACUGCCGGGAUAUCAUGAAGAAGGGUUUCUGUAUCUUCAAUAUGCAAUCGACAGAACGCUUACUAGGGAGUUCCUAAAUUCUUCAGAGCUAGAAAAUUAUAAUAAAUACGACAUAAGACUGCAACGGUAUCCAUACCCAUCGUUCAUUGAUGACAAGUACAUUUUGGCAUUGCAAGGAUGGCUACCACUCAUAAUAAUGAUGAGCUUUAUCUAUCCAGCUAUUAAUAUAGCGAAAUCUAUUGUAUAUGAGAAAGAGACAAGACUUAAGGAAUACAUGAAAAUUAUGGGUAUUCCAAAUAUUUACCAUGUGGGAGCUUGGUAUGUAAAAUCUCAAUCGUUUCUUGUAAUAGCUGCUGGACUCAUGACGCUCUUGCUGAAAGUUGAAUUUUUCUCAACACAAAAUUUGGCAAUAUUUCCGAAAGCGGAUGGAUACGUUGUGUUUCUCAUAUUCCUCGUAUUUACCUUUUCAUUGAUAUGCUUUUCGUUUUUCAUCGCUUCGUUGUUCUCACACUCAAAUGCCGCAGCUACUGCGGCAGGCGUGUUGUGGUUUGUAUUAUAUGUGCCAUACGGAUUUUUGCGACCACGGUAUAAUUUGCUCCCGAGGAAGACCAAGUUAUUCAGUUGCUUCCUCACAAACAUGGGAAUUUCCUUUGCGUGCCAAAUAAUAUGCAUGUUAGAAGGUACUGGUGUUGGAGCUCAAUGGAGCAACAUCUUUCAAGGAUCCGGACCAGACGAUGAUUUUUCCAUGGGCGAUUGUCUUAUAAUGAUGAUAGCCAACGGUGUUGUCUAUCUGAUAUCAGCUCUUUACAUUGAAGCAGUUCGCCCCGGAGAAUUUGGAGUCCCUUUGCCCUUUUAUUUCCCAUUUACGAAGUCCUUUUGGACCAGCAAAUCGUGGACCUAUGAAUCGAACCAUGAAAUUGAAACGUCAUCCGAUGUACCUGCAGACUUCUUCGAGGCUGAACCCAAAGAUAAAUUCCCAGGCAUUCAAAUCAAGGGACUCACAAAAAUUUAUGACAAUGGCAAAGUUGCGUUGAGAAACCUGAGUCUGAAUUUCUAUCAAGGCGAGAUCACGGCGUUUUUAGGACACAAUGGAGCCGGAAAAACAACAACUAUGUCCAUUUUAUCUGGAUUGUUCCCACCGACUUCUGGAACGGCUUUGAUUAACAAUUGUGAUAUUCGAAAUGAUAUCAAUUCUGCUCGUUCUAGUUUGGGUAUCUGCCCACAGUACGAUAUUUUAUUCAACGAACUUACAGUAGAAGAACACCUUCGAUUCUAUUGUCUGAUGAAGGGAUGUAAGGAUUCCAAUGUUGCAAUAGAAAUUAAUCGAAUGAUCAAGGCGCUUGGACUGGAAGAUAAACGUAAUGCACAGAGUUACACAUUAUCCGGUGGCAUGAAGCGCAAACUUAGCGUUGGCAUUUCAUUCUGUGGUGGAUCAAAGAUUGUGAUUUUGGACGAACCGAGCUCGGGCCAAGAUGUCGGGGCGAGACGUUCGACAUGGGAUUUGAUCAAGAGUGAGAAAAUAAACAGGACCAUAGUUUUAACGACACACUACAUGGAAGAAGCUGACGUACUUGGGGACCGGAUAGCAGUUAUGUGCAAUGGAGAAAUUCAGUGUUGCGGAACGUCCUUGUUCCUAAAGAAAAAAUACGGCGGAGGAUACCACUUAAUAAUUGUAAAAGACGAAAACUGUGAUGUGGAUAAAAUCACGCAAGUAAUAAGGAAGACAAUUGCAGACGUUGAAGUAGACCAAGAUGUGGGGGCUGAACUUAGCUACACAUUGCCGGACGGAAAAUCGCAUUUGUUUCCAGAAAUGUUUGAAGAGCUGGAGGACAGAAAACGUGAAUUAAGAAUUUCUAGCUUAGGAGCCAGCAAUACGACAAUGGAAGAAGUUUUUAUCAGGGUUGGGCGAAAAGUAGAAGCUAAAAUUCUUGAACAAUAUCCUCAAGAAGAAAAUGAACGAAAGUUGUCUGUGAGUCUCACUAUCGACAACAAUGAACUCGCUACUGCUUCAAAAACACAUCUUUACAACGAUGAACCACUUCGAAAUGUUGGAAUGGCCUUGAAGAUGCAGCAGCUACGAGCAAUGGUUAUAAAGAAACUAAUUUACGGGUUUAGAAAUCGCAUGCUGUUGAUGACUCAGAUGGGAAUACCUCUGUUGUACCUUAUUUUGAUUUUGAUUGUUGUUAAAAAUUUACCUGGAAUAUCUAAUUCUGCCCCACACAAAUUUACCCUGCAAAGAUACGAAAAAUUAGGAUCCACAAUAACAACUGUCAAAUGUCCAGUGGAUGAAUUUAUAUGCAAAUCAUACAAGGCUUAUGUGUUGAAAAAUCACUUAAUUGAACUGGUCGGACAAAAUCAAAGUUUUAUUGACUACAUGCUUGAGAAGGAAAAUGAAGACCUUGUGUCAGUGAAUUUACGAUACAUUGUCGGGUUUGAACAAAGACAAGUAAAAGAAACUGAAAAAUCAGAAUAUCGUCAACUCGUAGGAUUUUUUAAUAAUCAGCCAUUUCAUGCCCCACCACUAUCUCUCAACUUUAUUUCCAAUGCCUUACUUUCUCCAACAAAUCAUACCAUCACAAUUACCAACCACCCAUUUCCUGUAGGCAGUAUUGAUUCUUUGAAAAAAGCUGGGACUUUCUACACUCUUGGAUUUCAAAUAGGAAACAACAUAGCUUUAGGAAUGUCAUUCCUAGCAGCAAGUUUUUCUGUUUUUAUUAUAACAGAAAAGGAAACCCGAUCCAAACACAUCCAAUUUGUGUCCGGCUUAGAAUAUCCACUGUAUUGGACAGCAAAUUUCAUCGUGGACUUUAUUCAGUUCAUAAUCCCGUGCUUCGGAACCAUGGUCAUCCUCUUUUUGUUCCAAAUUGAAGAAUUUAUGAGUCUUUACAUGCAGUUAAAUCUACUGCUUUUGUUCGUAUGCUAUGGAUUAGCAGUUAUUCCAUUGAUGUACUUGGCGUCCUUUGCUUUCACCGUGCCAUCCUCCGGUUUUACUCGACUUGUGCUCCUCAACAUAUUUACAGGAAUGGCGUCAAUACUGACAGUGGUCAUGAUACAAACUCGUGAGUUCCAGCUAGAAAGCCUUGCGGAUACCUUAAACAGCAUAUUUUUAAUAUUUCCCAAUUAUGCAUUGGGGAUGGGAAUUGUCCAACUAUCCACAAACUUUCAAUUUGCACGAGAUUGUGUAAGAUUUAAUCUGGAAUUUGUAUGCCCAGCGUUUCCUAGUUCUGUUUGCUGUUCGAAAUUAAAACCAAACUUUCUUGAUUGGGAGCGAACGGGAAUUGGGAAAAAUAUAGCUUGUCUUACUGCUGCAUGUUGUGUUUACUUUGUUAUCCUGUUCAUUUGGGAGAGUCGAGUAUGGACCAAGUUUCUACAGUGGAAUUCGAAAAUCGGAAAUUCUUCCGUCACAGCGGAUGGGCUAGAAGAUGCUGACGUGGUUAAAGAGAAGAAGAAAAUGGAAGAGACAAAUUUAACUCAAUUAUUCAAGGAAAACACUUUGGUGGUUAGAAACUUGACGAAGUAUUAUGACAAGUUUUUAGCCGUGGAUCACAUUAACUUGGGAGUACAACGAGGAGAAUGCUUUGGUUUACUUGGAGUGAAUGGCGCUGGAAAAACGUCCACCUUUAAAAUGCUCACCGGAGACUUGUCAAUUUCUGAAGGGGAAGCCUAUAUUUGCUCUAAAAGCGUGCGCCGAGAGUUAAAGCAAGUGCAUGAAGUCGUGGGAUAUUGCCCUCAGUUUGACGCCCUCAUUGAUUCGAUGACAGGAAGAGAAACAAUUGCACUCUAUGCACGCUUGCGAGGAAUACAGGAAUCUUACAUCGAUCAUCUAACAAAUUGUUUGGGAGAAAUGCUUUUGUUUUCUCAGUACAUGGACAAGCGAGUAGGAAGUUACAGUGGUGGCAAUAAGCGGAAGCUCUCUACCGCAAUUGCGUUAAUUGGAAGUCCACCCGUUAUAUUCUUGGACGAGAUGACGACUGGAAUGGACCCCGUAGCCCGGCGUCACAUGUGGACUGCCAUAAGCAGAAUUAGAGAUAGUGGAACAUCCAUCAUUCUUACAUCUCAUUCAAUGAAUGAGUGUGAAGCACUAUGUACAAGGAUUGCAAUUAUGGUCAACGGUACGUUUAGAUGUCUCAACUCGAUCCAAGAAUUAAAGAACAAAUUUGGAGAAGGUUACACCUUAAUAGCACAAACAAGUCCGAAGGGGAUUAGUGAAUCCGAACCGUUCACAAGAGAAACCCAGGAAUUUGGACGAAGACGAAGCAGUCACAUGUCAAUGAAAAAAUUAAGAUCUUCUCAAGGAUGGGAAUCGGAGCUGGAAGGACUGAGAACUUUUAUUGAAGAGUCAUAUCCAGGGAGUCAAUUAAAGGACAUCCAUCCCGGAUUUGUGCAUUAUCACAUACCAAGUCAAGGCGUUACAUGGGGUUCACUAUUCCGCAAGAUGGAAAUGGCCAAGCAGAAAUUUGGAUUGGAUGCGUACUCUUUAGGGCAGUCCACGUUAGAACAGAUCUUUUUAGCAUUCACUAAAGCGCAAAAUUAAUUCAGAGCUGUAAUGAAGAAAUAUGCAGCAGCUACGUACUUGAUAUCAGCGUUGGACUUCCGCUUUAGAGUAUUUCAUUAGCUAAUAUGAGUGUACAUAGUCUAAGCUGUUCGACCACAAGCAAAACCAUGUAAAAUGUACUCAUCAAUAUUCAGGAAAGGAAAUUGUCAUGUAUUUGGUUCCUAACUUCAGUAUCUGUGAUUUAUUUACUACUUAAAAUAACAAGUUUUAUAGUCUGAUAGCAAAAUUCAAUCAUGGCCGUGUGUGCCAAAAGUCCUAAUACGCAUAAAUAAUAGAGCAAUUUAUUUAUGUAUCGGUACUCACUCGUAUUAAUUAAACCCAUUGAAUAGUAUUAUUUACGUACCAUGUUUGUUAUUGUAUCACUUCUGCAACAAUAAAUUAUAGCGCUUGUUGAAUAAUAUUUAAAUAACAUGUAUUUCAAAGUGCCAACAAAAAUAACUAAGAAUAAAUUGGAAACAGAGAAA